UUGAAUCUCCUCCCACCUGCCUGGUGAGAAGGCUGCGCGCUGCCGAUGAGUUUUGUAGCAACUGUUGCCCAGUGAGGCAACGCCAUAGCCACCGUAGUCCUGGCGACUGUAACCCACCAACAACAACCUCUGGCUCCAUCAUUACCACCUCCUCCACCAUCCUCAUCUUCAUCAACCAGUUCACCGCUCAGGCGCCAUGCAGACCCCUGAAGCAGGCGCUGACUCCACCUCCACUGUCCCUCUUCAGACCACCGUGCCUGUCCAGCCUACCGGCUCCACCCAGCAGGUGCCUGUCCAGCAGCAGGCCCAGACUGUUCAACAGGUCCAGCAUGUUUACCCAGCACAGGUGCAGUAUGUCGAGGAAAACAGUGGCGUCUACACCAACGGCAACAUAAGAACCUACUCGUACUCUGAGCCACAGCUGUACAGCCAGAACAGCGGUGGGAGUUACUUCGACACGCAGGGCAGCUCGUCGCAAGUUUCCACCGUGGUGACAUCUCACGGCAUGACCAACAACGGAGGAGGGAGCACCGGAGGGAUGAGCAUGGGCUUGGCGGGGGGUCAGGUAAUCAGCAGCAGCUCCGGGGCUUACCUGAUGGACAACGCCGGACCACACCCUGCCACCCAAACCGCACGGGCCUCCCCAGCCACCAUUGAAAUGGCGAUUGAGACUCUCCAAAAAUCUGAGGGUUUAUCCAGUCAGAGAAGCUCGCUGCUCAACAGCCAUCUCCAGUGGCUUCUUGACAAUUACGAGACAGCAGAGGGAGUAAGUCUACCACGAUCCACCCUCUACAAUCAUUAUCUUCGCCACUGCCAGGAGCAGAAACUGGACCCUGUAAAUGCAGCCUCUUUUGGCAAACUUAUUCGCUCCAUCUUCAUGGGACUCCGUACAAGACGUCUUGGAACGAGAGGGAACUCUAAAUACCAUUACUAUGGUAUACGUGUGAAACCAGAUUCCCCGCUUAAUAGACUUCAAGAAGACAUGCAGUACAUGGCCCUCAGACAGCAGCCUGUUCAGCAGAAGCAGAGGUUCAAGCCAGUGCAGAAGUUUGACGGUGGCUCUGGGGACAGUUACACAAGUGGAAGCCAGCACCAUCCUGGUGCAGCAGAGCAGACGGUUAUUGCACAGAGCCAGCACCACCAGCAGUUCCUAGAUGCAUCGCGGGCACUCCCUGAUUUUAUAGAGCUGGACUUGGGACAGAAUAACACUGAAAACAUUGGCCCAGAAGAUGUAAAAGCUCUCCAAUCCCUUUACAGAGAGCACUGUGAGGCUAUAUUGGAUGUCGUCGUGAACCUCCAGUUUGGUCUAAUUGAGAAGCUGUGGCAGACAUUCUGGCGUUAUUCUCCUCCUGACACCAUAGAGUGCGCCACUGUAACAGAAAACAGCAGCAUAAGUGAGAUCGAAGCCCGGCUUCCUCGAGCACAGCUGUUGGUGCUGUGCAGAAACGAGGCGGUUCUUAAGUGGAUGAGCACCUGUGACCAUUUAAUGUACCAGGCCCUCGUGGAGAUUCUUAUUCCUGAUGUCCUGAGACCCAUUCCCAGUGCCUUGACUCAAGCCAUUCGCAACUUUGCCAAAAGCCUGGAAGGUUGGCUUGGUAAUGCCAUGAAUGCCAUUCCACAGAGAAUGAUUCAGACCAAGAUUGCCGCUGUUAGUGCCUUUGCGCAGACGUUGCGCAGAUAUACAUCUCUGAACCACCUGGCUCAGGCGGCACGUGCUGUGUUGCAGAACACAUCGCAAAUCAACCAGAUGCUGAGUGAUCUCAACCGGGUUGACUUUGCCAACGUACAGGAGCAGGCAUCGUGGGUGUGCCAGUGUGAGGAGGGCAUGGUUCAGCACUUGGAGCAGGACUUCAAGGCCACGCUGCAGCAGCAGAGCUCUCUGGAGCAAUGGGCAGCCUGGCUGGACAACGUGGUCACUCAGGUGCUGAAGCCUUAUGAGCACAGGCCCAGCUUCCCCAGGGCAGCUCGACAGUUCCUGCUGAAGUGGUCCUUCUACAGUUCAAUGGUGAUCAGGGACCUGACCCUGCGCAGUGCUGCCAGCUUCGGUUCCUUCCACCUCAUUCGCCUGCUUUAUGAUGAGUACAUGUUUUAUCUCGUGGAGCAUCGUGUGGCUCAAGCUACAGGAGAGACGCCGAUUGGUGUCAUGGGCGAGUUUGACAACCUCAACAACCUAUCUCUUACUAGCAUUGAUAAAGAUGAAACGAGUGGGAUGGACAGUGAUUUAGAAGAGGACACGGAGGAGUCCGGGGAACCGCUCCCCAAGCGGGAGAAGUCGGAGCAUGAGGUAAUCCAGGUGAUCCAGGUCGGGUCGCUAGAGGACGGGACCCACCCGGUGGUGGGCGUCGUCCAGCCAAGCGUCCUCCACUCGCUGCCACAGCCCCCCCAGGACCACGUUGAGCACAUCAGCGUCGUAACGCCCUCCGCCGGGACUCCCACCAUCCGUCACUGCAGCACCACCGGCAACACGUACGCCUCCGUCUGAGGCCGCAGCUCGCCUCGUCUGCCCGGUUGUUUAUCCGUCUCGCUCCCCACAUUUCUCUCUUUUUCACUCGAAGUCUAGAUGUCCGCGUCGUUUCCAUGCGUUGUCUCUGUUUGCAACUCUCCGCUCGGGCCUGGUCGGCUGGAGGAGUGACGCUCUGGCCAAGAUGUGCUCUCUGUCCUUUGUCUGACUUGUUUGAAUUCUGGAUGUGUCGUCAUCCUGUGAGUCUGUGCUCUAACACAGUGCGGCAGCUGGUGGAAAGGACCUGGAGCAAAAGGACUAAUUUGACCCAUUAAAUGUUUCCUCUUCAGACAUGACUUACUGUUUCUGUCUGUGAACACAGAUGGGCUUCGUUCCAUUAAACUACUGAUGUCUCCGAGCUCAAAUCCAUGUCACUAGUCCCAGGAGAGCAAAUGCAUUGACUGAUUCCAACCUUCAUCUGUUGUACAUAGUUUGUUUUUUUCUUCUAACAUUUCAGUUGGUAUUAGUCAAACUUCAUGGUGCUAAGACUGUUUUUUCUUUUAGUUAUAUCCUAUUUUUAGUAUAAUUUCAGCAGCUGAUAUUCUAGCUGAAUGAGAUGUUUAAGUUGUAUGUAGCUAGAAAAAAAAGGGACAACUUUUCAGUUUAUGUAUAUUUAUGUAAAGAUCAUGAAGCAGUUCUGUUUGAUAGUUAUGUUAGUCAUAAUCGCUUAACGUCUUUAAGCCACAAAAAAUUAAAAAAAAUGUCUGCUGCUGCUUCUGUACACAGAUGAGAUUGAGGGGGAAAAAAAGGCUGUUUCAAAAAAGAAAGCUAGCUUUCCUAUGCACCCUGCGCAUGAUGCUCGCCUUUGCCUAUUUUAGAUGCUCUUUAGUGUGGUUUAUGUGACGAGUAGUCCCAAUCUUGAAAACAACCUACGGGGCGUGAUUCCCUGGUUUUGCAGUUUUUAUUUUUUGUCUUAAUCAAGUUUCUUAAGUUUGCAGUGGACCAAAAAUAAACUAACUAGAGGAAGCUAAGAGUGAGCCAUUUGAGCCACCAAAAAAAAAAAAAAAAAGAAAAGAAAUGAAAUAGUAAAAUGCUGUUUCCUGUCCCGCAGUGCCAUGUUUCAAAGCAGAAAGAAUGUCAGGGAUUUCUCGUACCUCGGCUUUAUCAUAGUGCCUUAUCCUUAAAAUGCAGCUGUCCGUGUAGUCCUGACCUGUGUGCUGCAGAGAGCACCGCAGCUCCUCUGCAUUGUCCCAGCCGCAGAUUUGGCUUUCUGGUGACUCGUGGCUGGAUUUGGGCCGGCUCAUCAGUGUUGAGGCCUGUGGGAUGCAGGCGCACCUGUUUGUUUCUCCUCUGGAUCAGUUUUUUUUUUUUCUUUUUUAAACUCGUCCGAGUCUUUAGCCUUGCUCCUGCCCUCACUCUGCCUUUCUCGAGGCCUAUUCUUGCUUCAGUCUUUUGUCAUAGGAUGAAGUGUGCCUGUGUGUGCGUGUUCGGAUGCUUUAGAUCUGUGCUUUCACGUGUUUAUGUGCCUGUGUCUGCGUGCUCGUGUGUGUGUGUGUGUGUGUUGGGACACAUCCAUCAGUCCACCCUACCUCAAACCAGUGGUGCCAGCCCUUUGAUGCGUGCAGCACAGUCACCAAACCUUACUGCACACACCCGUACACACACACCAACCUACACACCACUGUACUGCACAAAUCUCAACACAAUGGAGAAAAAUCUGCAUUGCUUUUCUCUCACCUCCGAUACUUUUCAUUUUUAAAUCCAUAUAACACUUAACCCUUUGUUCCCUGUUGGAAGAUCAUCUUUGUACAGUGGACCAAAAGUAGAUAUUUUCUAAUAUUGAAAGAGAUAUAUAGAUAUAUAGAUAUAUAUGUAUAGUAUAUAAAAUGCUGACACACUACAUAUAUUUGUUGCUUUUUAUGUGUGUGAUCCGAUUGUUAAGACGUGAAUGUGUCCUCCGGUAGCUCAUCUGUAAUUAGUUCAUAGACUGUGAAGUGUAAAAGACUUUGGGACUAACUUCUGGUUUCUUAGAUUGCAACUUAUACUUGAACUGUUAUAGCCUUCAAUGUUGUGGGGAAUAUUGAGAUUAAUCCUCUAAAAAUAGGAACUUUUUUUGGUUGGUGUUGCUAAAAAAAUUUUGUUAUUUGCUCAUGUUUUUCAAAUGCUUGUUUAAACAGUCAUGUAUUGUUUCUCCACAAGAGAAAUUUUUAUUUAUUGAUAUUUAUUGUGUUUUUGUUUAAGUACUAUGUUAAAAUGGGCUCUGAGGAGAAAUUGUGAACUGAUUCAAAACAGCAGAUCUACUGUACAGAAAGAGCAGAAGUUUUUUUUUGUUUUUUAAUGUUUGCCUGAGGUUAAAAAGAGGCACUGCAUUCACUGGGUUCCUUUUAGCCUUUUUUGUGGAGCCUAGGUUGUAAUAGUAAAAUAAGGUGGGAAAGUGCAAAUACAUUGUGUCAUUUAGACUACUGAUGUUUUACCUUUUGGUUGAAUUUGACUGGUUAAACCUGUGGUACGCCCAUGUUACCCUUUACACUCAGACUGACUUGAAAUGUUUGACCAGUUGAAGGAAAGUUUGCCUUUUUCUGUUAAAAUUAUAACCGUUUCACAUUCCCAAAAAAAAAAAGGCAACUCCACUGUACUUUGCUGCAAGUUGAAGGUAUUUUAAUUCUUUGUGCUCUUUAUGAUCUUGAGAUUGGAAACAUAUUCUUAGUAUAAAACUGUCAAAUUCAGGUCAAAGGUUGUGACAGUGUUGAUAAAUUUCAGUGAAUAAAAGAGGAAAAAUGCAAGCCUA